GGCUCGACGCACGUAAUUCUUCACACCAACAAGAAAACUCAUCUACCCACCAAUGGCGCUCGUAUGCAGUCGGCCAGCCUCCCUCCUACUCAUCGCGGCUCUUCUCUCCGCCGCAACCUUCCUUGCCGUCCCGGCCGCGGCCACGGGGAAGACCGGCCAGGUGGCCGUGUUCUGGGGUAGGAACAAGAACGAGGGGUCCCUCCGGGAGGCCUGCGACACCGGCACCUACACCAUCGCCAUCAUCUCCUUCCUCGACGUCUUCGGCCGCGGCAACUACCACCUCGACCUGUCUGGCCACGACGUCUCCGCCGUCGGCGCCGACAUCAAGCACUGCCAGUCCAAGAACAUACUCGUCUUCCUCUCCAUCGGGGGCUUCGGCAACCAGUACUCCCUGCCCACCGCCCAGUCCGCGGCGGACGUCGCCAACUACCUCUGGAACGCCUACAUGCUCGGCACCCGCAAGGGCGUCUACCGCCCGUUCGGAGACGCCUUCGUCGACGGCAUCGACUUCUUCAUCGAGAACGGCGCGCCGGCCAACUACGACGAGCUGGCCAAGCGGCUAUGGAACUUCAAUAAGGACUUCCGCGGCAGGACGCCGGUGCAGCUGACGGCCACGCUGCGGUGCGGCUACCCGGACCGGCACGUGGAGCGGGCGCUCGCCACGGGGCUCGUCGGACGCAUCUUCGUCAGGUUCUACGACGACGCCGACUGCGCCGCCAACUGGCAGCGACAGUGGGACAAGUGGACGGCGGCGUACCCUUCGGCGCAGAUCUACCUCGGGCUGCCGGCGUCGGAGCAGAAGGUCGGUUACGUUCACCCAAAGAACCUCUACUACAGCGUCAUACAGGUGGCGCAGAAGGCGGCCAACUACGGCGGCGUCAUGGUGUGGGAACGCUACGAGGACAAGCGGACCAACUAUAGCAGCUACGCCAUCCAAUGGGCUUGAGCCUCCGUCGCUCACAUCCGUCACCGUGUGUGAAUUUGGUGUAUCCGUCUGUCUACUGCAUACUCUGCAUGUGUUUGCUUACCUUACGGUAAAUAAGUAUCACCAGUGUGAGAACGGCGUUUCGGUGCCCGGGUGCACCUGCAUCCGGUCAAAACAAAAUUCGUAAAAAAUUCAGAAAAAAUCAAAAAAAAUUCAAAAAAAAUUGGAUGGUAGACAAUUUGAUGCGUGAGGUACGCUCUAAUUUUCAAAACAUUUGGACUUCUGUGCAGCUCUCAGCAAAAAAGACAAUUAGACCAGAACAGUAUAUGAACAGUGCACAUUUUUACAGAACUUUGAUUUGUCUUUUUUACUGAGAGCUGCACAGAAGUCCAAAUGUUUUGAAAAUUGGAGCAUCCCUCACGCAUCAAAUUGUCCACCAUCCAAUUUUUUUUUGGAAUUUUUGAAUUUUUCUAGUAUUUAUUUUGAUUUUUUUUCGUGAGCAUAGGUGCAGAUGAGCUCAGGCUCAGAUUCGAAUUUUCGCACCAGUGUGCAGUUGUGUGCUUUAUACAAGAAUAAAGUGAGACCUCUGUGAAGGUUUGGAUUAA